UGAAAGAACAAUGAGGAUUGUGACCUGCAGCAAUAAAGAAAUCCUCGCCUGAUAACACUAACAAUAGUCAUAGGAGAACCACGUGUAAGUACAUCCGGUUGUUAAUAUGGAAGAUAGGCUCUACAUUUUAGAUGGUGGAUUGGCAACUGAGAUAGAAAGAAGAGGAGUCAGCCUAUUAAACGAUCCUCUCUGGUCUGCAAGAAUUCUCCAUACUCAGCCAGAGCUCAUACUAAAUGUUCAUAAAAGUUUUCUACAAAAUGGUGCUGAUAUUAUAACAACGGCUUCCUAUCAAGCAAGCAUUGAUGGAUAUUAUCAGCACUUGGGCUUGUCAUCAGAGAAUGCUCUUAAACUUAUUGCUAAUAGCGUUUACUUAGCUCAAGAAGCAAGAGACUGGUUCUCACAGCAACCAGAACAUAAAGACAGAGCACAGCCAUUGAUAGCAGGAUCAGUAGGUCCUUAUGGAGCUUGCUUAUGUGAUGGCUCAGAAUACACUGGUGCAUACCUUAAUCACACAUCACUUGAGGUCAUUAAAGAUUGGCAUAAACCCAGAAUAAGACAGUUGUUGGAAUCUGGUGUAGAUCUGUUAGCUUUAGAGACAAUCCCGUCAAUAAUUGAGGCAAAGAUAUUACUGGAAAUUUUAGCAGACUAUCCACAAGCUAAAGCAUGGAUAUCGUUCACUUGCAAAGAUGAAGGACACACUUGUUAUGGCGAAGUAUUCUCUGACGUUGUAAAAGCUAUGUGUUCUUAUAAGCAACUAGUAGCUGUUGGAAUAAACUGCUCUCCACCUCAAUAUAUUGGAGGACUGCUGGAUAGUGUCUCUGGUUGCAGCCUACCAUUCAUUGUGUACCCAAACAGUGGGGAAGGAUGGUGCAGCACUGGAUGGUGCGGAGAGAAAGUAUCAUUUAUCUCUCAGUGUCGGACGUGGAUCAGUAAAGGUGUAAAGAUAAUUGGUGGUUGUUGUCGUAUCACUCCAGAGGAUAUAAAUUUAAUAAAACAAUCAACAACAUUCUAAUUCCAUUUAAUUAUUACAGCUUACUGCA